AUCAGUGCUGAUGCAGAAGCAGAGAUGCGAAGAAAGAAUCUCAGGAGACAGAAGAGAGAAUGGAUCCUGCCUCCUGCCAAAAUCUACGAGAAUACCGACUACACACAAAGAGAGUACAUUGCCAAGAUCCGCUCUGAUAAGGACAAAGAGGCGAAGGUGGAGUAUUACCUGGCAGGGAAGGGGGCUGACAAACCCCCCUUUAACCUCUUUAUUGUCAACCCCGAGAAUGGCUUUGUACGCAUCACUGGCAUCCUGGACCGGGAGAAAUGCCCCAUGUACAACUUGACUGGAGUGGCCAGGUACAGAAACGGGACCUUGGCGGAAGCAAAUAUUCCUCUGCAGAUUCAUGUCGUUGAUCUGAACGAUAACUCACCUUACUUUGAGCUGCACUCUGGAUCCAUCGCAGAGUCCAGUAAAGCAGGCACAGAAAUCAUGCAGAUCAUUGGGAAAGAUGACGAUCAGGAGGGGAGCAUCAACUCUAAGAUCCAUUACAAGAUCCUCAGCCAGAAACCAGCAGGGUCCGGAGCCAUGUUCGCCAUCGAUGAAAAUACAGGGAAACUCUUCGUCAAGGAUGCCACACUGGACAGAGAGACUCACGAUUCGUACACUAUAAUCAUCCAAGGGGCAGAUAUGGGCGGGGCAGCUGGAGGCAACACGGGAACAGGAACUGUGGAAAUAAAGGUCCUGGACAUCAAUGACAACAUCCCCACACUGGAGAAGGGGCAGUAUGCAGGGAAAGUUGACGAGAACAUUGCUGAUGUCAUUGUGAUGAGGAUCAAAACAGUGGACAGAGAUCUAGAACACACAGAUAACUGGCGGGCCGUCUUUCACAUCGCCCAAGGCAACGAGGACGGACUCUUCUCCAUCGAGACGGACCAAGACACCAACGAAGGCAUUCUGAAGCUGAUCAAGGCAGUAGAUUUCGAGGAAGUCCAGAAAUUAGAACUUGGAAUAGUCAUUGAGAACGUAGCUCCUCUUGUUGUAGGGAGUGCUGCAGCGAUGGAUGUGGAUGUUUAUGCUGGGGAGGGGGGAGGGCCGGGAGCUGGAACUGGAGAUGGGGCUGGAGCUGGGGCAGGGGCAGGUGCUGGAGCAGGGGCUGGAGUUGGUGUUGAUGUAGGAGUGGAUGUUGGGGGAGAUGUGGGAGUGAAUGCAGGGGUGGAUGUGAACGUAGAUGCUGGAGCUGGGCCCGGGGUAGGUGUUGGGGCUGGGGUUAAACCAGGAGUUGGGCCUGGGGUUAAGCCUGAUCCCAAUGGGAAGCCAAAACCAAAGCCAAAGCCUAAAGGGGGGAAGAAUUACCCGAUUUCGAUCGCAGUUAACAACAUGCCGGAAGGUCCAGCAUUUAAGCCCAGCACCAAGCUUGUGCCUGUCUCUGAGGAUCCCAACAAAAUGCCGAAGGAUGGAGUGAUCGCCUCGUACCCUGCUGUGGACGGAGAUACAGGGGAGCCUGCUGAGGACGUCAGGUAUGCCAAAGCCUAUGACCCAGACAACUGGGUGACCAUCGAUGACAAGACAGCUGAGAUAAGACUUAUCAAGACGCCAGAUCGAGAGUCUAAGUUCUUGGUGAAUGGGACAUACUUUGCCAAGAUACUCGUCAUUACCCAAGAUAUGCCCUCUAAGACAGCCACGGGCACCAUAGCUAUCCAGGUCCAAGACUACAACGACCACUGCCCCAUGCUUACUACUACCUAUGAGAGCGUGUGCUCGGGCAAACAUACGGUCAACGCCACCGCGUUCGACGAGGAUGUCUCGCCCAAUGGAGCUCCGUUCACCUUCACCGUGGUGGCUGAGGGGACACGUGGCAAAUGGGAAAUAGAACACAUCAAUGGCACGACGGCUGUCCUGCGAUCUACUGAGGCGUUGUGGCCGGGUGAGUAUGAGGUGAGGGUGGCGGUAGCAGACGAGCAGGGCCUGUCCUGCCCAGCACCACAGGUGUUCAAGGUGGAGGUAUGUACCUGUUUGGAGGGGGAAGACUGUGACUCCAGGACUAUCAGUUCACGCCAAAAGACCACCGACGCCAAAAUUGGUACCCCUGCCAUCGGACUGCUCAUCUUAGCCAGCUGUGUUCUGCUACUGGUACCUCUGCUGCUGCUGUUCUGUCAGUGUAGAGGAGCCUUCGCUGACCAGUUCACUGACCUGCCGUUCGAUGCCAAGGAAUACCUCAUAUCCUACCACACUGAGGGAAAGGGAGAGGAUAAGGUGAUGCCUUCAAGUUCCCAUAUUGACAUUAGCAGUGGGGUCUCCAGUGAGGACAUGCAUACACUGCGUCGGGAGCAGAGCCACAGGCCCAUGGGUAUGGAGAUAGACUACACCUAUGGAUUCCAGAAUGGUGGAGGCUUUGAGGCUAGUAUGGGGCUAGGAAGCAGCACCAUGCAUUCCAGAUACGCCACACACACCUCACAUGUCAAACAAGACAUCUAUGAGGACAUGGCACUCCCAUGUGCUUUCCUGGAUGGCUACUACUCACAGGUCUCAAGCAUGUACAAUCUAAGUUCUGAUCACAAAAAAAGGCACACGGUAUGUCAAAUGAGUCUAUCUUAUCCCCUCAUGCAGAAAGUGGCAUGUGCAUCUCAGAACCCUCCACAGAAGGACAGUAUGCUGUUGUAUGACUACGAGGGCCAGGGCUCUCCUGUGGGCUCGGUGGGAUGCUGCAGCCUCCUGGAAUCUGACAACGACCUCCAGUUCCUCAAUGACAUGGGGCCAAAGUUCAAGACCCUGGCUGACAUCUGCUCUCCUCCAAAACCUCAACCCAAACCUCAACCCAAACCCAGAAUGGUGGAGCACAUCUUCGAGCCAAAACACCCUGAAAUCAAAAGAGAGAGCAUCGUCACCGCCAGCAAUGUCAACAUCACCAAAUCUUCCAUUAGAAAUGUCAAUAUCAACCCAUCGUCCACCAGCACCAGCAGAGUCAAUAUCUCCCAAACACCUCCCACCAGUCCCCCUGCCACUGGAGUUAGUAACUUCUCUAACAGUCAGUCCGCCACUUUCCCACCGCCCCCUACCCAGACGAUUCUGCUGCAGCAACAGCCUAUGUACUACACCACCAUGCAGCCCGUGGUGCAGCCCCUGAUGCAACCCAUACAGUAUGUACUGGCUGAUGGCGGCUCUACCACCAACCUAAAGCGUAUGGUAGUGCUCAACGGGCCCCCUGUGUCUGGAAGCAUGGGAAGUCUGGGAGGCCUUGUCAUCCAAGGCAACAGGGUCAUAUCAGAGACCUCCACUAGCCCCAGUAGCCCAGGAAGCCCCACCAUGCUGGGGCUGGGUAGUCCCAGAAGCCCUGGGUGGAUCCAAGGCUCCCUACCCAGAGGUGGCCUGGGUGGUCUGUCUGUAGUGGGGCACAGCCCUGAUGGUAACUAUAUUUACAUGGAAAGGCAGGUUAAUGUAAGUGGAGAGCCACAAGUGGGGUCUGGGGUCCCAGGUGUACCUUCUCAGGGCAGUUUGCCCAGGGGUGCGUUCCUGGUGAAGGAGGCUGCUCCCCCUCAGGGGGUUUUAGGCCUGGCAGCCCAGGGUGUGGGUGGGGGUGGUGGAGGUGUGUAUGGCGUUAUGCCAGGACACAACUUUACAAGGAGCCCCCCAGGGGGUCGCCGUGGACAGAUGGAGGGGGCAGCGCCAACAGGUGAAUCUCAACCAACUCCGGUUACUGUUGAAAUUCCAGAGUCAUUUGAGUCAGUGGCAGAGAUUGAGAGGAAACUGGUGUUUGAGGGCCAUAGUGAACCAGAAGGCCUAGUUGACUCUGAGGACCAGCUGUCUGAUGAGGAUGUGUCCAUGGUAGUCGAGGCCUCCUCAGAAGAAGCAUCCAUGUCCGAAUCAGACAUUAUAGAUUUAGUUGGUACAGAUCAGCCAACCGAGGAUGAAGACUUUAUAGAUCUAGUUGGUACAGAUCAGUCAGCCGAGGAAGAAGACAUUAUAGAUCUAGUUAGUACAGAUCAGCCAGCCAAGGAAGAAGACAUUAUAGAUCUAGUUGGUACAGAUCAGCCAGCAGAGGAAGAAGACAUUAUAGAUCUAGUUGGUACAGAUCAGGGAACCGAGGAAGAAUCAGCAGAACUGACUCUGGAGGAAGAAGUGGUUUCAGAAUCGCAGGAAGUUGAGCUAACGGUGGAUCCAGUCACUAACGGUCAACUACAGAAGGGUAUUACUGAGACAGAAGAGAUGAUGGUAUCAGAAGCACAGCAAGAUCAGGUCACAGUUGAUUACAUCACUGAUAGCCAAGAGGAGGGUACAGCUGAGGAGGAAAUUAUGUCACAGCUUCAGUUAGAUGAGCUCACAUUAGAUAGACUAACAGAUAACCAGGAUGAGGAGGGGAAGGCACCUGAAGAAGUUUUCCUAAAAUCAGAAUUGCUCAUAGCAGCUUACAGUGCACUUGAUAGCCAAGAAGAAGAGGGUAGUCCUGAGGAGGAAUUGGUGUCAGAGUUGCGGCAGAAUCAGCCAAUAUCACAUAGCGACACUGAUGUCCAGGAGGAAGGAAGUCAGGGAGAUGAGGCAGCGCUGAGUGCUCAGAUAGGAGAGGUGGAGGAAAAGGUGGAGAUGGAGGGAGAGGUGGAGUCUUCCCAGGUGACAGAGGAGGAGGUGGAGUCUUCCCAGGCGACAGAGGAGGAGGGAGAGGUGGAGUCUUCCCAGGCGACAGAGGAGGAGGUGGAGGGAGAGGUGGAGUCUUCCCAGGCGACAGAGGAGGUGGAGGGAGAGUUGGAGUCUUCCCAGGCGAUAGAGGAGGAGGUGGAGGGAGAGGUGGAGUCUUCCCAGGCGACAGAGGAGGAGGAGAGUGAAGCAUUUGAUGAGUCAGCACCAGAACAGGAGUACACAGAGGUAGAUCAGGACAUAGAGACAUCAGAAGAGACUGGAACACUAGACUCAGAGAACAUAGAGGACAUACCAAGCCAGUUUACUACAGGCCUGAUGCCAACAUCAGGUGAUGGAAUGAUAGAAAAGGGCACUGUUGUUAGGGAGAGCCAAGUUUCUGUUGAUCAAGAUUUAUCUGGAGGCGCAGACUUAGUGACUGUGGAGGGUGAGGUGGAGUCUGUUGAACUAAUGGCAGAAGAAGCAGUUUGUUCAGCCCUAAAGGCUACAGGUGAUUUAGAGGAAUCUGAAGAAGAGGAUGACGAGGUGGGAGAGAGUCUGGUUACCUCUCGCCAAAUCGCUGAAGUCAAAACACUAAGAGUAGAAGUAGACGAUAGUGAGAAUGUAGUAGGAGAGGAGAUGGAGUCUGCUGUUGAGACAGUUGAGGAAGUAGAGGCUAGUGCUGACCAACAGACAGAGUCCACAGUAGCUACAGAAGAGGUUGAGUCCCCUAGCGAAGAAUUGGCCGAGGAGCUAGAGGUGACCUCCUCAACACCAGAGGCUACAGGUGAGGCUAUAAAUGCAGUGGCAGGUGCAGCAGUGGAUGAUACAGUAGUGGAGGCUGCGGGUGAGACAUCAGAUGAGGCCGCAGGGGCGGCUGGUGGGUCAGAUCAGGCCCCAAAGCCAUUGGCUUCAUCUUUCCGUAACAAAUUCAGGAUGGGCUCCAAGAAAGAAUCUACUCCCAAGAGUCCAAAGAGUCCCACAGCAAAGUGCAAACAACAGUGA